UUUUCUUUUCUUUUCUAUAUAUCAGAAAAUGAAAGUGAAGAAAAACUAGGUGCCUCUUCCUUUUAGGAAAGGAUACCCUUUUUUUUGAAUGUUGGGAUGUGGUGCAUGGUUCUUUGAAAUCCAUUGAUAAAUAAUUUACUAAGUUGCAGUCUUACCCCUUCCACUUCCACUAUGAUAAGAUACAGUAAUUGGCUUGUUUAUCUCAACAAGUCCUGUGUUUUUCCUUCCCUCUCAGGCUAACAUAAUGAGUUAGUGAACAAAGCAUUUCUUAAUUUCCACUAUAACAUUCCUUCUUGCUAUGAUUAAUUCCUUUCGGUUAUGGCACUACAUUCCUAAUAAGAAAGUUGCACAUAGAAUACUACUGAUUCCAUUGGACAUAUAUUAAUUCCUCCGUUUCAAAGGUAGAUUACAUCUAUAGCCUACUGAUUCCAUUGGACAUAUACUAAUUCCUCCGUUUCAAAGGUAGAUUACAUCUAUAGCCUUUUCUUUGUUCAAUCUAGCAGUAUCACUUGCAUAAAGCAUUAUUCAAUCUAGAAUCUAAUUGAUCUCCAUCCCAAAUUCACAGCUAAUUUUAUUCACACGAUCUUGAGUAGAUGCGCACUAGAGCUUGAUUCUUCAAGCUCAUAUUCUCCUGCCUAAUUGCAGGAGUUGUAAGCUCUAUCACAUCUCUCUCUCUCUCUCUCUCUUCUCUCCAUCUCCAUUAGAAAUUGUACAUGGAGAUGUACUCAAUCAUGGAGAGGUUGAGACGUCGGAAACGCACAAAAACCAACCAGGAAUUAAGGCAGAGAUAUUCAUGCUUUAUGAAUUGGGAACAAGUGGAAAGCAAAGUGCUCUUGAUAAAGAAGAAAAGGACUGAAUGACGAUAGAUACACGAGUGAGUGCUGAGUGCCUCUGUCCUUUUGAAGAAAACAAAGCAGAGUGUUUAGAUGUCUUUAAUGGCUUCCCUCUGAUAGUGUGUUUUUUUCCAUUUGGCAGGACAAGAUUGAUGACCAUAAUUGCUGUCUUUUCUCUUUCCAAAGAACCUUUUUUCUCCAAAGAGAAACCGUCAAAUAACAAGUUUGAUUGCCUAUUUAUAUUUACAAAAAGGAUGGAAAAGGAAAAAAAAGAACCACUUUAGCACCCGUAUCAUUGCUAUCCAAAUUUAAUUCCUAUCUCAUAACACAGGCAUAUGUUACAAAGAGUUAAUUUUACUACAACUUUGUUGUCUUUGGCCUUUGAAUGUACCAUGUAAACUGACAAAAUGAGAAAUGAUAAGAAUAUAGAAUAAACUAUUAGUGACUUCAGAAAAUGAAAGAAAAAGCUUAGAUAUGGUGGCCCAGCUAGCCCCUUUUGAUACCUUGCAGCAUAUAAUCUGAGCAAACCCAUUCAUCCUCAAAGGCCAAGCAGCUAGCGGGACCACAGCAUUUUUGCUCACACCUUAAAUAUAUUACUCUUCAAAUUAUUUUACCCUUUCCUUUGAAAGAUAUGAUGAAAUAUAAUUUCAAUGUUAAAUGAAACCAGAUCAGAACAUAUUGUUGUUUUUCUCUUGUAUGUGAUAAUAUUCUUGACUAAAUCUUUUUCACUUCAUUGAUUUAGCACCGAUUCUCCUAAUCUGUAUGGGAAGAUAUCGUCUUCAGGAUUAGAUCCUUGGAUAUAAAAGCAUUCAAAUACUUUGACUAGAGUCUAGAUAAUGAGCACUUCCUUCUCACAUGGCGAUGAUUUUUCGACUACCCUUCUGUCACAGUUAUAAUCGUCCUUUAAGAACAAAAUGAAGCAUGAAAAGCAUCUGGCUAAAGGAUAUUUUAGCUACUCUAAAGCAAUGAAUCAGGUGGGGAGAAAGGUUGUCGGAAUUUCAAAGUUCCAAGGCAGCCUUGGUAAAACUAGUGCAAAAGUAAAUAUUCUUGGGAAGAAAAAACCAGUGAAUAUGAAACGAAUAUCUCACGAGAUUUGAAGAGGAUUCGUAAGCAUGAAUUUGCCCUUAGCAUUUUCAUCACGCACUAUAAAUCCACCACCCAAAUCUCUCUUCAUUCAUUGGCCGUUACAAUAAAAAGCCACCACAUUUGCACCUUCAGAAACUAACAUCCUCACGAAACUCAUGCACCAGCAGAAAGCAAUCAAUCUUAUCUAAAGAAACCCUGAUUUCCCAUCUCUCUCCUGAUAAAUAUAUAUAUAUAUAUAUAUAUGGAUUUUGGAACAAGCCCACCAAUCUGCUUUGCUCAAGAAAUAAUGCCUGCAACCUUAAGUUUAGAAGAGAACCCAACUGAAAAAACAUCUCAGUCACAUUCACUUUCAAAUCCCACCCAGAAAUGGCCAGCCAACCUCAUGCAAAUAAUGCUUUCAGAGCUAAAAACACAGAGAGGAAUAGCAGUUCCUUUGGUUGCGAUGAACUUAACCUGGUUUGCAAAGAUAGCGGUAACUACAGCUUUUCUAGGCAGGCUUGGAGAGCUCCAAUUAGCCGGUGGCACACUUGGAUUCACCUUUGCUAAUGUCACUGGUUUCUCCGUCCUGAACGGACUUUGUGGUGCCAUGGAACCUAUUUGUGGUCAGGCCUUUGGAGCUAAAAACUUUAGGCUCCUCCACAGGACGCUUCUGAUGGCCAUAUUCUUGUUACUGUUAACUACACUGCCCAUUUCUUUCCUUUGGCUUAAUGUUGACAAAAUUCUAAUCCAUUUUGGCCAAAAAGAAGACAUUUCAGCUGUUGCAAAGAUAUAUAUUCUCUAUCUUCUCCCUGAUUUGGUUGUCACUUCAUUGCUAUGCCCUCUCAAAGCCUAUUUGAGCUCUCAAAGCAAAACUAUUCCCAUUAUGUUAAGCUCAGCUCUUGCGCUUGCUUUUCACAUCCCCAUCAACAUGUUUCUAGCAAAAGCCAAGGGUCUUGAGGGAGUUUCAAUGGCUAUCUGGAUAAGUGAUCUCAUAGCUGCAAUCCUUCUAGCCUUAUAUGUACUGGUGGUAGAAAAUAGAAAGGGAGGAAAGUGGAAGGAAGGAGGAUGGUGGGAUCAAGGUGUCCAAGACUGGCUUAGACUGCUCAAGCUUAGCGGACCAUGUUGUCUUACCACCUGCCUUGAAUGGUGGUGCUAUGAGAUUUUGGUCUUGCUUACGGGAAGGUUACCAAAUGCCAAGCAGGCAGUGGGAGUGAUAGCUAUCGUGCUAAACUUCGACUACUUGCUCUACUCUGUGAUGUUGUCACUAGCCACAUGUGCAUCCACUCGCGUCUCUAAUGAGCUUGGCGCAAACCAGCCCGUCUCUGCAUCCAAAUCAGCAUACGUAUCACUGGCAGUGAGCGUAAUUUCAGGUUGCACUAGUGCCAUGGUAAUGGUAGGAGCGAGAGGUAUUUGGGGCCCCCUGUUUAGCCACGAUAGAGGAAUCAUAACAGAAGUAAAAAAGAUUCUGUUGCUAAUGGCAGUGGUUGAAGUUGUAAAUUUCCCCUUAGCUGUUUGUGGAGGAAUUGUCCGUGGAACAGCUAGGCCAUGGUUGGCAAUGUAUGCUAAUCUUGGGGGGUUUUACCUCUUAGCUUUACCGUUGGGUGUUGUUUUAGCCUUCAAGGCUGCACUUGGACUACAAGGAUUGUUGCUAGGAUUUUUAGUUGGGAUGGUAACAUGUUUGGCAUUGUUGUUGAUGAUGGUUGUGGGAAUAAAGUGGCAUGAAGAAGCUGCGAAGGCAGAAAUACUUGCCUCUGACGUAGCAGUUGUUCAAGAUGGAAAUCUGAAGACAGUGGAUCCAGUAAACGACACUGAAGUAUGA